UACUAACCUCCCUAUUUCUUUCCCACUUCACUUCCUUUCCCUUCUCACAAUUCUCCCAUUUAUUCCUCACAAUCCCUCCAAACAUGUCACAAAACACCGCCAUCACUCCAACCUUGCCCUACGAAGAAUGCCGCGGGGUUCUCCGCGUCUACAGCGACGGGUCCAUCGUCCGCUCUCCCAAACCAAGCUUCGACGUCCCUGUCCACGACGACGGCUCCGUUGACUGGAAAGACGUCGUUUUCGACCCAACCAAUCAACUCCAACUCCGCCUCUACAAGCCAGCUGCAACGACACACUCCCCCUCGUCGUUGUCCAAAAAGCUCCCCAUCUUCUACUACAUCCACGGCGGCGGCUUCUGCAUCGGCUCUCGCGCUUGGCCCAAUUGCCAGAACUACUGUUUUCAGCUCGCCUCCCAGCUCCAAUGCGUCGUCGUUGCACCUGACUAUCGCCUCGCGCCAGAACACCGCCUCCCGGCUGCCAUGGACGACGGCUUCGCGGCUAUGAAAUGGCUCCAAGCCAUAGCCGAGGCUGAGGAUCCGGACACGUGGCUGACUGAGGUGGCGGAUUUUGGGAACGUGUUUGUUUCGGGUGACUCGGCUGGCGGGAAUAUUGCUCAUAACUUGGCGGUUCAGCUCGGGGCCGGUUCGGUUGAAUUGGGGCCGGUUCGGGUGAGAGGGUAUGUACUUUUGGCACCGUUUUUUGGUGGGACGGUUUUGGCUAGGUCAGAAGCUGAGGACCCCAAAGAAGCCUUUCUCAAUUGGGAGCUCAUUGACAGGUUUUGGAGGCUGUCAAUACCAAUUGGAGAGGACAGAGAUCACCCACUUGUGAACCCAUUUGGACCAAAUAGCCAGAGCCUAGAAGAAGUGGCUUUUGAUCCAAUCCUAGUGGUUGUAGGUGGAAGUGAUCUUCUCAAAGAUCGAGCUAAAGAUUAUGCAAAUAGGCUCAAAAAUUGGGGAAACAAGGUUGAGUACGUGGAAUUUGAAGGACAGCAGCAUGGUUUCUUCACCAUCCAACCCAGUUCCCAACCUGCAAAGGAAUUGAUGUUAAUCAUCAAACGAUUCAUUGCUCAAAAUUCUACUUGCUGCUAAGACAUGUAUGCAGCUAUGGGCGGCCAUGGAUCUAAGUCUCUAAGAUUCUAAAACAACAACAACAACAACAAAAGCUCUUAAUGUUGUCAAAUAUAGUAACAAAUAAUGUGAGAGUAAAAUUGUAUUUUUUCUCUUAUUUAUUCUUAACAUGUAAAAUUAUCUCUUAUCGUUAGGGACAGUUUGGGAUUGUUGUGCUUUGUUUAAAAACUGCUUGUACUUUAAGAAUAAUCAGCUGCAAAAUAAAGCAGUUGAGCAUUUGGUAAACUGUAUUUUUAAAAGUAUUGUGAGUAUGAAAACCAAUGAAAAAAGCGUUUGGUAAA